CCAAUCACUACCAGACGACCUCUCAGCGAUCGGCCCGCCAGUACGCGCUCACAAGCUUCACGACCAUACAUGUGCAUUUAAGAAGCCGCAUGAGGUCGUGCGCUCAGAAGGAAAUGGCGGAACGUGGUGAGGUAGUAAGUAGCGCUUACCGGUUUAGGAAGUACACUUGGAAAUUCUUAUUUACGUGGAUUUUAUUUUUGGGUUUCUUCCACCCUACUCCGGGACAAAAUGUUGAAAGAUUAGGCUUUAACUCCAGGCGGCGGACGUCCAGUCCCUGCUACGAUGACCAGAGCCGACCUCAACGAUGUAUGCCAGAAUUUAGCAACGCUGCUUUUAACUUGCACGUGGAAGCAACUAACACUUGUGGAGUACGCGGCCCGACGGAAUAUUGUCUUCAGACAAGUGCAACUGGAGCGAGGAAGUCCUGUGAAAUAUGUGACAAUACUUACCGUGAUCUUGCUCACCCCCCAGAUUAUCUGACGGACUUAAACGACAACAACAACGAGACAUGGUGGCAGAGUGAAACAAUGUAUGAGGGGCUUCAGUACCCCACCCAAGUGAAUUUAACUUUACACCUCGCGAAAGCCUUUGACAUCACGUAUGUGCGUUUGAAGUUUCAUACUCCUCGACCCGAAAGCUUUGCUAUUUACAAGCGUACGAGUGAAGAUGGACCAUGGAUACCUUACCAGUAUUAUAGCGCCACCUGUAGGGAAACUUAUCUUUUACCCGAUAGUUCCUAUGUCAGCAGGGACGAGGAGAGAAAGGCAUUGUGUACGUCUGAAUUUAGUGACAUAUCACCGCUUACGGGUGGGAACGUUGCAUUUAGUACAUUGGAAGGUAGGCCUAGCGCGUACAACUUCGAGAACAGUCCACUUUUACAGGAAUGGGUGACAGCCACAGACAUACGGAUUUCUUUGAAUCGGAUGAAUACAUUUGGCGACGAGAUAUUUGGCGACCCUAAAGUUCUGAAGUCAUACUACUACGCCAUUACAGAUUUUGCAGUAGGAGGAAGGUGUAAGUGUAACGGGCAUGCCAGCGUGUGUUUCGUCACUGGUGAGAGUCACGGAAAACAAAUUCUAGCGUGCCAGUGUGAGCACAAUACUACCGGACCUGAUUGUAAUGAGUGUCUACCUUUUUAUAACGACCUGCCCUGGGCUAGAGCCACUGCAGCCAAUGCCAACGAAUGCCAACCAUGUAACUGCAAUGGCAGAUCCGAAAAGUGCUACUUCGACAGACAGCUGUACGAACGCACCGGACAUGGUGGACAUUGUACAGAAUGUAGGGAUCACACUGCUGGCCCACACUGUGAACGAUGUAAAGAAAACUUUUACGAGAGAGAGGAUGGAAGAUGUGUCCCAUGUAAUUGCGACCCAACAGGUUCUCGAGGUCUGCAAUGCAACCGGCAGGGUCAGUGUCAAUGUAAACCUGGGGUUGAUGGGGAAAGGUGUGAUCGUUGUUCAUCUAAUUAUUAUGACUUUACUUCACAAGGAUGCAGGCCUUGUGGUUGUAAUGUAGCAGGAAGUGUAAACAGCAAGCCAAGCUGUGAUGCUGUGACAGGAACAUGUAGGUGCAAGGAUAAUGUGGAAGGACAACGUUGUGAUAGGUGUAAACCUGGAUUUUUCAGCUUACAAGAAGAGAAUGAAUUUGGGUGCCUUCCUUGCUUCUGCUAUGGUCACUCUUCAGUGUGUAGAAGUGCCCCUGGUUAUUCUAAAGUUGCUAUUGAAAGCACUUUUACCAGAGGGAAUGAAAAUUGGAAAGCUCAACUUAAGUCGGGCAGAGAGAUAUCUUUUCAAUUCAAUCCUAUAAUCCAGAACAUUGGUGUGGAUUCACCAGGAAGAGAUCCAGUCUACUUUGUUGCUCCUGAUCGAUUUUUGGGUGACCAGAGAAGCUCAUAUAAUCAGUUUCUUAGUUUCACUCUGAGAAUUGGUGAUGGCACGCCUCGAGCAACAGUAGAAGAUAUUAUCAUAGAAGGGUCAGGACUUACAAUAUCACAACCAAUUUUUGGUCAAGGAAAUCCAUUACCAGCUGUUAAGAACCAGGACUACAAAUUUCGGCUUCAUGAACAUUCCAUUUAUGGCUGGAACCCUCGGCUGAAUGCACAUGACUUUAUUAGUGUUCUGUCAAAUCUAACAAAUGUGAAGAUCAAAGGGUCAUACUCUGUACAAGGAACUGGAUUUCUGGAUAAUAUUCAGCUUGACUCAGCUUAUCGUUCUCCAAUUGGAUUUGAGGCUACUUGGAUAGAGAUGUGUACUUGCCCCGAAGGCUAUGUUGGCCAGUUUUGUGAGUCCUGUGGACCAGGAUUCCGACAUGAUCCACCUGGUGGUGGAGAGUUUGCACGUUGUGUUCCAUGUAACUGUAACAAUCAUGCUGAAUAUUGUGAUUCUGAAUCGGGACGCUGCAUUUGUGAACACAAUACUGCAGGUGACAACUGUGAACACUGUGCUAGUGGUUAUUAUGGAAAUGCUCUACAUGGUUCCCUUGACGAUUGCCAACCAUGUCCUUGUCCAAACAAUGGAGCCUGUGUGAUCCUACCUAAUGAGCAAGUGGCAUGUUUGCAGUGUCCAACGGGAUAUGCUGGGCACAGGUGUGAUCUUUGUGUUGAUGGCUACUUUGGUGAUCCAAAUGGACAUUAUGGCAUUUCCAAACCCUGUAAGAGCUGUGAAUGUAAUGGAAAUAUAGAUUUGAAUGCUGUAGGGAACUGUAAUAUGAAAACUGGUGAGUGUUUAAAGUGUAUAUACAACACAGGAGGGUCCCAGUGUGACACUUGUCUUCCUGGUUACUAUGGUGAUGCCCUGGCAAUGCCUAAAGGGGACUGCAAAGCUUGCAACUGUUAUCCACCUGGGACACUACCUGAAGCAGUUGAUAAUGGGAUUUUGACAUGUGACCUCGGAAGUGGUCGAUGUCAUUGCCAACCACAUGUCAGCGGACGUCAGUGUGACCAGUGUGACGAUGGCUACUGGAAUCUUGAUAGUGGGAAUGGGUGUGAGCUCUGUAACUGUGAUCCAAUUGGAGCAUUCAAUAGAACGUGUAAUGUGAGAACUGGGCAAUGUUUCUGUAGGCCAGGAAUUAAUGGGAAGAGAUGUGAUAUGUGCUUACCUAAUCACUAUGGUUAUUCUUUGGAAGGUUGUAGAGCAUGUGAAUGUGAUCCUGUGGGAUCUACUUUGCCUCAUUGUGAUGACUCUGGACAAUGUGAAUGUAGGCCUAAUGUUGAGGGUCGCCAAUGUGAUCGAUGCAAAGAAAAUAAAUACAACAAAGAUGCUGGGUGUAUUGAUUGUCCUCCUUGCUACAAUUUGGUCCAGGAUGCAGUAAACGAACACCGAGCUAAGCUUGAUGAAUUAGCCAAAUUGUUGGAUGAGAUAAGAGAAAAUCCUCAAGUUAUAAAUGAUUUGGACUUUGAGAAAAAGUUAGAAGAAGUUGCAAAACGGGUUGAUGACUUGUUAGAUGAUGCAAGAAGAGCUUCAGGUGGAGAUGGCAAUCUGGUUGGCCAGUUGAAUGAACUGAAGAAUAGAAUUGAGGAUGUACAGAAAAUAGCUGGAAAGGUUGCUGAUAAAAUUUAUGAUGCUGGAGGUAUUAGUGAACAGGGAAGACGCAACAUUACACUAGCAGAGGAAGCCAUUAAACGUGCUCAAGAUGCACUAGCAAAUGCUCGACGUUACCUGGAAACUGAAGGACUGGAUGCUCUAGAAAAGGCUAAGGAACGAUCAGAUAAGUUUGGUCAGCAGUCCCAUCGUAUGUCUGAAAUAGCACGUGAAGCAAGACAUAGAGCAGAUGAGCAUCAAGAGGAGGCAGUAGUGAUAGAAAGAUUAGCUGAAGAAGCCUUAAAUACAUCUACAGAAGCUUACCAGUUGGCAAAAGGUAUGAUUGACAUGCAGGAUGAGACUCGAGAUGAAAUCAGAAGAUUGAGAAAUCAGUUAGAUGAUACUGCUGAUCUUCUCCAGGAGACAAAGGACAUUGCUCAAGAGGCACAAGAUGAAUCCAACAAAGCAUAUGAUGAUGCUCUGGAUAUCUAUACAGAUGCUAGUUCUGUUACCAUUCCAGAUGUGGAUGUUCCAAGAAUGAAAGAUAAAGCUCAAUAUAUCAUUGAGGAGGCACGGAAGAUUAGAGGAAAUGCUGAUGGACUUAUUGAGGAUAACCAGGAACUAAUGGAUAAGAUUGAGGACCAAAAAUCAGAAGCUGAAGAACUCCUGGCUGAAGGAAUGAGACAACAGCAAAUUGGAGACGAAAUGCUAGCUGAUACAGAUGCUGCACUGGCCAAGGCUAAGGAAGCUGUAGCAUCUGGUGAUAGAACAUUGGAAGAAGCCAAUAAUACUCUAGAUACUUUGAAAAAAUUUGACAAGUUGGUUAAAGACAGUAAAGACGAAGCUGAUGAUGCACUAAAGAAGGCUCCAGAAAUUGAGAGGUUGAUUGAGGAAGCUGAGGAGAAGACAAAAGAUGCAGAGGAUGCUCUUAGUGGAGCUGGAAAGAAUGCUAUGUUUGCUAGAGAUAUAGCUCGAGAAGCUCAGAAAAUAGCUGAGCAAGCUUCAGAUGAAGCAGAUGGCAUCAGAAAAGAUGCAGAUCAAACUAAGGAUAAAGCAGGACAGUUACGUGAUCAAGCCAAUGAUUUAGCUGGAGAAGUGGCUGAGACUGCUGAUCGAAUGAAGGACUAUGAAAACCAGGCUGACAAAGAUGAAGAAUUAGCUGAAGAGGCACUAAAGAGAGCAAAUCAAGCAAAGACAAGUGCCACAGAUGCCUCCAAAAAAGUGAAGGGAGGUUUGGAUGCUGUAGAUAGGAUAAUGAAUGCUUUAGAAGACCUUGAUGACAUUGAUCUUGGUCUGCUGGAAGAACUUGAAAAAAGACUUGCUGAGGCAGAAGAAGAACUGAAAGAUCCAAACUUGGACAAACAAAUGAACGAGCUCCGCAAAGCUCGUAAUGAUCAGCACAGGUGGAUGCGAGACUAUGAAAAAGAAAUUGAACAGUUGAAGAAGGAUGUACAAAAUAUUAAAGAGAUUAAAGAUGCUCUUCCAGAAGAGUGUUACAAAAGGGUUGUUUUAGAACCUUAAGUAAGCUGUGGAGGCCUGACAGAGUAAAUCCUCUGCAUUUAGGUGGAGCCUUUUAUAAAGGGCAUAGCAUUUGAUUAUAAGUUAAAUCUGAUUAAGCAGUACAAACUGAGCUUUUUGAGUUAGAUGAUACAUUGAAAUUAUAUGUGCAGCUUCAUCUUGCUGCUUGUUUUAAAGGUUGAAACAAAAAGUGACACUUUCCUUUUUGUACAUAUAUAUAUGAGUGUCAACAGCUAAAAUUGAAUGGUUAAUUUGUAGUUUAUUGCAUUAUUAUUAUUUUUAAUUCAGUGACAUUUGUGCUCCAAAAACAUAAUUCUUCAUUGCUUUUGGAAAUGCUGUUUGUAAUCUCUUGUUUUACCUUUUCCAUUUAGUUCAGAUAUGUUUUACACACCAUUUCUGAGUUCUGAAAGCUAGUGAUUGUAUUUCAGGACUUGUACAGAGGUGGAAAUGUUACUAUAGUGAUAUGAAAAAUAUAAAUUUCUUUAAGUCUGACACUAACAAUUUUAUGUGAAGAAUUAUAGUUAUGAGUUUAUUACUUUAUUUUUUGGAUAACUGUUACUUAACUUUAAGGGUUUUGAUGUGUCAAAUAUAUAUGACAACAAAGUUUCUGAUGCAUAUUACACUUUUGCAUUUAAACCAGUUACUUAAUUUCAUACUAUCUGAUUAAAUUCAAGGAAGUUCUCAUUAAUAUCUUCCAUUGUUUUAUAGAACUAUUUUAAAACUUUUUCAGACAAACCAUGAUAUCUUCAUAAGUGCCAACACAUGUGACUGUGUGAAUCGUGCCUUUGUAUUACAUUAUUUGUUGUGUGAAGUAGAUUUUCUAUAAUUUUUAGUUUGUUUUUUACCCUACCAAGAAGUUUAAGGUACCAUUAAAAUUUUUAUACUGACUCAGUGCUGAACUUUAGUACUGAAAUUAUUUGUGAGUUGUCUUCUUUAGGAGAUGAUGUUGUAUACAAAGCUUGGGAACAAAUACUAGUUAGUUAAUUACAAUAAUUUGUGACAUCAUGCUUUCAGAGGUAAACAAAAUGCUUGCCAAUGCUUUUUGUAUAAGUUAGAUAACAAAUGUCUGUUAUAUAAAAAAAAAAAGAAUAAAAAUACAGCCAACCGUUUUGUUUUUAAUUAGCAGUAUGAAAGUAAAAUAAUAUCGGUUGUUGGAAGCUGUAUUUUCAAUUGUAAGGAAUAGUGGAAUUUGAUAUUUUGUGCUGUUAACAUAGUGAACUUGUUAGGUCAUUGUUGUAAUCAUUAACUCUCAAUUAUUAAUGAUAUCUGACUAUAUUAUUUUUUGCAAAAAUAUAAAUAUUUUAAUCUAAUAUUUUUUAGAAGCAUAGAAUUAAUUUUAUCAAAAAUGAUGAUUUCGUAAUUCACAAAAUGCUGCAUUGAAUUGGAAAGAUCAAAGUAUUUUUUGUCAGGAAAUUGUACCUAGAAAAUUUCACAGUCUUUCUCUCAGGCUUAUAAAUAUUACUAGUAUUUCAGCUGUGGGCUAAUCAGUUUGAACUUCUCUCUAUGUUCAAGUUUUUAAGAAGUUAGUGUGCUUUAAAUUUUUGGUUUAUUAUUGUUAAAAAGUCGGACAAGAAUAUUUGUAAAUGAAUUGGGCAUCAACAAUAUUUUUAAGAUUUCAUUGUCAAUUAGUUCAGUUUAAAAAAAGUUAAAUUGUUUCAUAUAAAUAUAGAUUUGUUUACAUUGUUAAUAAGUAAAACAGAUAAUAAUGAAGAAAACAUUUAAUAAGUGCAAUAACAUUAAAAAAUGUAUGUGUGUAUGUGCACUUAAUAACACUGUCAAUUGUAUCAUGUUUUUCUCUUCUUCGUUUUAAUUAUUCAGCAUUUCACACCAUAAGAUAGCGUGUUAACCUGUUUUCAGUCGUAAACCUGAUUUGUUAA